CACGAGGAAGGCACGGGACUCAUAGAGGACAACGAAAUCAACAAUAACACCCUGGUUGGUGUGUGGAUAACCACAGGUAUAAACAAUUAAACUGGAAAAGUACGCUGGGGGAGGACGGUGCUACAAAUUUUUUUUUGCGGGUGUGGGGGUGGUUACACCUGCGUCUUGCUGACUUAAUAAAAUAGGUCAUGGAAGAGUUUAGUUCGGAAUACCUAAUUUUAUCCUAUAACUUGGUGCAGACUGGUGAAUUUCAACUGGAAAGUAUUCCUAAAACACUGCAAUGAAAAUAAUGCCUGCAUGGAAACCAUCUAAAGUCUCCAUCACUGAUGUUCUUCUUUGCUUUCCCUUGCGUAUAGGAAGCACACCCACGCUCAGAAACAACAGGAUCCACAGUGGAAAACAGGUAGAACUCGUCCACAUUAGCUACGUACAUUAACAGAUUAUAGUUUCCCGAUGGUAAUGCCAUUAAAUGUUUAAAAGACAACUUCAUUAAAAAUUGUUAUUGUUUAGGAUUUGCUUAAUCUUGCUCUGAACAAUUGAAAUCAACAUAAAUAAGAGUUCUUUUCGAAUUUUUAAAUUAGAUGAAACUGAUAUUGAAUCUAAAUGAAUAGAAAGAAUACUUGUCUUGAUGAACUCCCUUGGGAGCUUAUGCACUCUCUCAAUGUUUUAGCUUGCAGCUGAGCGUACCUAAACUGGACAUAACAAGCAAACAAUUCUGUGUAACGCUAACACUCUGCACCUUAAAUAACCAAAGGACACGAAGAGACAAAAUUCAGUCAUAACCGUCAGAAAUUGACGCACAUCCUAGGACUGGGGACAAACAACUGCACUUGAGGGUAAAGCACAAAGCUAAAUCUAGUUUAACCGGUUUGGUCGGUUUGAAAUUGUAAAAAACACGUCCCAAUUUUUAAACUAAGUAAACAUAAAAAAGUGCAACGUAAUUACUAAAUGAAAGGCUUAUCUUAAAUUAAAAAAGUAUCAAAUUAACUUGCCUACAUUAUCCUCUAAACUAAUUUUAUUUCUAUUCGUUUAUCAAACAUGUAUCGUUUGACUGAACUAAACUGCUCCUUUGAAGUAGGUUGGGGUACCUUACCUUAAAGUAAAGAUGAGCACAUACUUGUUUGCAAAAUCAAAAUAAAACUAUGCGAGUGUGGACGCUGACAAAACUGCGAGCAACCCAAACUAUUGUUGCCUUUUUGCGUGUUGUGAAGUAUAUAGGCUACGAUUCUCCAUAUAUUAGUAAAGCGUCAAAACGUUAUGGAAGGAAACCUUAGGCGAGUUUGUUAAUGAAGGAGCAUGCAGUGAGACAGCUUACAUGGCUCUUCAGUGGGGAGGAACGGCAGAAACGGAGAAAUGUGAGGAGACAGGGAUUCUCCUCCUUCCCCCCCUCUGUUCCUCAGUUAUUUGUCCCACUCAUACUUGGGAGCUUGACUUCGGGCAAAGCUCAAUGAAGCAAGCUUCAAACGGCCUCACAUGCCUGUGUGGCGCUUAAGUCAACUGAGCCUUUAGACCAACUGCGAGAUAAACCAGCUCUCACUUCGAACGAGCUUUCUAUUUUACUAACUUCGUGUACUUAUCAUGAAAUGUCUUGUGUACUUUCCUUGCUGUAGAUCAAUCCCUGUAUCAGAAGAAAUAAGAUUUGGGGAGGACAGAAUGGUGGCGUUCUGACCUACAACGGAGGUAGAGUAUUUAAAAAAGUAACACACUAUGCCUUGGCUCUACGCAAUUCAUAUCGCCGUCCUCUAUUUGUUUAUUUAUUACGCCUUAAAUCAGAAACAAACCAAGAAAGAAAACUACUUCGCUUCAGUCGUUUGAUUUCUUUCUUUAUCCAAGGUCUUGGUCCGGAACGUGCCGUGUAGAGUUAGGGAUUCAUUGGGGCUGGAAUUGUGUACUCUUAAACCCUUUCGACAUACCACGGCUAAUUUAACCUUUUAUAUCUUAAUUAUUUCUCCCUCUUAUGAGCAACACAUUUCUUUGUAAAUUUAGUGGUAGAAAUGAAACUUUCAAGCUGCUCCGUUUUUCUAUUCUCCUAUCUUUGUGCUGGACAAUAUGUUGUUCCAAGGACAAGUUAGUUUCGAGUCACUCCAGGGAAAUGAACGGGUCAAUCAUUGUUGAAGAGAAUACCUGACCUGGGGACCGUUUCUCAAAAGUCCCGAUAACUUAACAUCCCCGGAGCCAUAUUCUAAAAUCAAAAGUUAUUGAAAUGGGAAGCAGGCUCUGGCAACCUGACCAGUCCAUUUUGUUUCUUUGGCUGCUCGUUUUCUUGGUAUGGUUAUUACUGCCUAAGUAGUGCACAUUACUGCGAGGAUCACUUUCAUUCACGUCUUUAUCCGCAGUUCAAAUAUAUGACUUUCAUAUAUUCUUAACCGUUUAUUUUUUCAUCACUUCACGGGUUUAUUUAGAACCAACAUCAUGACCAGCGCCCAGUUGGCUUGUUAGCUCAGUUGGUAGAGCGCUGCACCGGUAUCGCAGAGGUCAUGGGUUCAAAUCCCGUACAGGCCUGAAUUUUUUCAGGCCUUAUUUUCACUACUGCCUAAGUAGUGCACAUUAUUGCGAGGAUCACUUUCAUUCACGACUUUAUCCGCAGUUCAAAUAUAUGACUUUCAUAUAUUCUUAACCAGUAUUAAGUAGUGUUAAGACGUGCAUUAAAUGUUGAUUGCCGAACUCUCUUUUCUUUUCUGACUCGCGCUUUCUUUUCAAUGAGAGUUUAACUGCAAAGGCUCUUUGAAAAUUGCAGGAAUACAUAUCCUUGAUCUGUAUUGACAUUUUUCAAUCAAACAUGUGGUGUUGGCCAAAGCAACCUUUUUUCCGAGUUGGUUUUAUCGUCCGGCACACCAAUUAAAGCAUUCCGAUAUCACUCAGUUUGAUUGAAAAAUGUCAAAACAUAUCAAGGAUAUCAGUUUUCUUACCAUGGCGUCCAGGGCACACACAAAAUUCAACUUCUCACGUACUCCUCCAAUGUUCAAAAAGCCUUUAAAGUCGAACUCUCGUUGGAAAGUAAGCGUGAGUCAGAGAAAGAAAAGAGAGCUCGACAAUCAACAUUUAAUGCACGUCAUAACACUACUUAAUAUUACAAACAUAUUCAGGCCCACAAACGCGGGUAAACCGGGAGGCCGGCAACCGUGUUAGAAUUCAGUCUCGUUGCUAUUUUAAUUGAUGCUUUCAUGAAUGACAACGAAUAAAUGCAAUAUCGGCAGGGAAAAAAAGGAGAAACUUACCGAAUUGGCUCUGCUUUACGGCAAAGCGAAGUGAAGACUAUUCAAUGCAGUAACUACGCCAUGUGAUGGUUUCGCGCCAGUCUUCUCAUUCGAUGACGUCAUGCCUCCAGCAGAUCGCUGUUCCAUUUCCGGUUUGUAUUUUUGGUGGUUUCGGCGAGAUAGCCUUGGCGGCCGUCACCACCAAAAAUACAAGGAUGUCAAAUAGAUCAGCACAUACAAAGAUGGCUUAAGGAUCAGCUCCAGAAAAGUAUAGCUAAUAAAGGAAUGGCAUGACCUUCACGUCACGCCACAAGCAAGCUCGACGAUUCGCCACAACAUCGAAAUAUUUCAAGUAAUACAAAGCAAUGUAAUGUUCAGAUGGAGCGUCUGAUAUUCUGUAAAGCUAUUCGACCUAACGCUACAUUAUUUGUGUGUAUGCUGUACUAUUCGACAUUACGCUAAGCCAUUUGACGCAACUCUACACCAUUUGUGUGUACGCUGUACCAUUCGACAUUACGCUGAGCCAUUUGACGCAACGCUACACUGUUUGUAUGUACGCUGUACUAUUCUACAUUACGCUGAGCUAUUUCACACAACUCUACACCAUCUGUGUGCACGCUGUACCAUUCGACAUUACGCUGUACUAUUCGUCAUUACGCUGAGCCAUUUCACGCUACACUACAUCGUUGGUACCUACGCUGUACCAUUCGACAUUACGCUGAACCAUUUCACGCAACGCUACACCAUAUGUGUGUACGCUGUACCAUUCUACAUUAUGCCGAGCCAUUUCACGAAACGCUACCUUGUUUGUGCGUACGCUGUGCUACUCGACCUUACCCUGAGCCAUUUGACGCAACGCAACACCGUUUGUGUACUGUAUUGCAAAUGAGUGCUAAGCUAUUCGCAAUUGAGCUAGUCCAUUCCACAAUUUCAUUUUCCAACUCGACAUGGGCAACUACACCGUUUAUCAUUUGGCUGAACUAUCCAUGUUUAGGGUGUUCUGUUUCACGAAGGAAAACUAAACCGUCUAUAAUUUGGCCAUGCCAUUCCUUCAUAAGCUAUGCUAUGCUGCAGCCGAUCCUUAAGCCCGGCGCACACUAGAGCUAUCAGCUGAGCUGAGCGUCACUCGUGGCUGUUGGCGUAAGCUGUUUCCUCAAGUGUGCGGUGUUAUGUUCUGCGAUUUUUGUCACGCGUGCCAUGAGCUCAGAAUAUUCAACAUGUUGAAUAAUUUCGUGCACGAGUGAACAUUGACUCACAGUGUGCGCGCGUUUUGAGCUAUCAGCUCAGGAAUCAAUGCGAACGCGCAUGCGUCCUUGCCAUGUUUUAUUGAAGUCAAGAUGGCGGUAAACAACUCGAUAGUUGCUGAUGCAGUGCUGGAAGAUAAAUUAGCUGAUUUAUGGCCCGAUUAUCCUUGUCUUUACGACGUUUGGUAUCCAGAAUUUAAGAAUCGGGAGUUACGAGUUACGAGUUACAAGCGUCUUCGUCUUCGUCGCAGCAUUAAAAGGGAAAGCAAAACCUCUUCAUCCUCCGACGAGCUUGAAUCUAGAUUUUCACCGACAUCGGCCAUCUUGACUUCAAUAAAACAUUCAUCAGCAACCUUUAAAAUGGCCUCUUCGUACUGCCAUCGAUUCUCUCAUUGACCCGAAAUGAAUCAACUCCUGCUUGUUUAAUCUCCUUAUUAUAGACUGAAAAAAAAUCAUAUCAUCCCUAUUUUUUUCAGGAGGAGUUCUAGAAGAAAACGAAGUCUUCAAUAACCGGUUUGACGGGAUUUGUCUGGCCACUGGUGUCGAGCCCAAACUUAGAAGUAAGUAUAAUGUUUGA